AUGUCUGUCAACCCGGCCACUUUCCGAGCAAUUUGGGUCAGGAACCCUGGCGGCUGCGCUGCCUGCUCUCCGACACGCACGCUUUUACGAACAGAGUUCGCCUCUUCAUGGCGCUCAUUCGCCUCAAGAGUGCCUCAACCGGCAUCUUUACCGAAAGCGCAAAGACGAACCGCGCUCUCCAGUUCACAAUUCGCCGAAUUACCAAAGAAUUUGCAACCCAAAGCUGGUGGUCUUGGGAGGCUGUUUAGCAGAGUUGCUCACGAGGGCGAUGUGACGCUAUUCCAAGCGCAUUCGCAACGCAGCUACUAUAUCAGUGCAUACGGUCUAUCUGCAUUCUGCUUUGCGUACGCAGUGUACAACUCGAACGCGGUUUUCCGGGACCCUGUCACUGUGCUUCCUAUGUGGCAGCAGGCCCUGUUUGGCGGUAUUUGUGUAUCGAUGAGUGUUAUGGGAACGCUCUUCUUCGUUCGGACAGGCAACAUGAUCCGUUCCAUCAAGGCCGUCCACUCUCAAGGCCAACCCCGAAUCCGGUUCCAGGUUCGCGGCCUGAUGCCCUUCAAGACAUACGAGUUCGAGGUCGCGCCUUCACAAGUUCAGAUCUCAAAGAAGCUUGUGGUUUCAGCAGAGUCCGUGGCGCGCUUCGAAAGCGACAGCAAGAAGCUUCUCGGUGGUUCUAAUGAGCCGAAGCCCAAAUUCUUCCAAGCGCCGGUUGCGAGAAUGAGUCAUGGCAUUUGGAGGGUGUUCCUGUCCGUUCGGCAAAUCUUCACAAGUGAGGACUUUAUCUUGAUGAAGAUUGACGGACACAAAGGGACCUUCCGAAUGGACUCCAACGGCAUGGUCGACCGCGAUUUCUUGCUUUUGGGCAAUCCGGUGAGAAUGACCAGAGGCAACUGA